UAUAAAACAUGAACAUUUUUAAUUUUACUGAGACACCACACUUGCACGGCUAGGCCGCUAGGGAGAUGAUUAGAUAAAACAUUCUCUCCUUCUCUCGGAAUCUGUCUUUCUUCGUUUCCUGGCUUCAUUAUCAAAUGAAUUCAACCAAUUUAACAAAUUCAUAGUUAUGCCUAGAAUCUGGCAUAGACUACUCUCUCCAUUGUUGAGAUAAAAUCAUUCAACCGAUUGAAGCUCGCAAUUGAAUGGAUGAAGUUUACACGAUGGAUAUUAAUAAUCCUUUCCCAAAUUUCAUUGCAAUAAUCUUUCCUUUUAGAAUCCAAUCGUAGUUAUCCAUAUAUAGAUAUAUGAAUACAGAUAACAGCAGAUCUCAAUCAAGAUAGUGCUCGACUAGUAUGGCAGACCAAGCAAGAAGAAGCGCCGCGAAGGAGGCGGUGUGCGUCACCGGAGCUAACGGUUUCAUCGGGUCAUGGGUGGUGAAAACCCUUCUGGAACACGGCUACACCACCAUCCACCUCUCCAUAUUCCCCGGCUCCGAUCCUUCUCACCUCUUCGCCCUCCCGGGCGCUGCCGCCGCCGGCCUCUUCGUGCACGAGGCCGACCUCCUCGAUUCCGCCGCCGUCGAGAGGGCCGUGGAGGGGUGCGCCGGGGGCGGGGUGUUCCACGUGGCGUCGCCGUGCACGCUGGAGGACCCUGCGGACCCGCAGGGGGAGCUGGUGGACCCUGCCGUGAAGGGCACCCUGAACGUGCUGGCCGCCGCGAAGAAGUUUGGGGCGCGGCGCGUGGUCCUCACCUCCUCCAUUUCGGCCAUGGUGCCUAACCCGGGAUGGGCCGCCGCCACGGUCGUUGAUGAGUCUUGCUGGACCGAUCUUGACUAUUGCAUCCAACAUCAGAAAUGGUAUCCAGUAUCAAAAUCUUUGGCAGAGAAAGCUGCAUGGGAUUUUGCAAAGGAAAAUGGCGUGGAUAUUGUAGCAAUAAAUCCGGCUACAUGUCUUGGCCAACUUCUGCAACCUGGAUUGAAUGCUAGCUGUGCAGUCUUGUUGCAGCUGCUGCAGGGGUCAGAAGAUACACAGGAGUAUCACUGGUUGGGGGCGGUGCAUGUCAAAGAUGUAGCCAAGGCACAACUGAUGCUGUUUGAAACCCCUAGGGCUUCAGGUAGAUACCUUUGCACCAACGGCAUCUAUCAAUUUGGUGAUUUUGCAGAGAAAGUUGCAACCCUCUUUCCUGAAUUUCCAGUUCACAGUGUUAGAGAAACAUGUGCUGGUUGAUAUAGAAACUGCUGCAUCAGAUUUAUGACUUUCCGAAAUUAAUCUGAGGUGCAAGCUGAUGGCCUGGGAUUUGAUAAAAACAGCUAACCCUUUUCUUACUUUUUAUAAGUGAAUACAAACUACAUAUUUUAAUUGGAGGUUACCAUCAUGUCAUUAGAAAACUAAGGCUGCUUUGACAGAUGUACAUGUCUGAGAAGAUUGUUCUCUACGACAGAUGGUUCUGUAGAAAAUUGUUAAUAGGAACACAAAUUUGUUGAAAGAAAAGUGAUUAGAAAUAGUGCUCUAAUGCUAUUUCAGAA